UUUCUUUUAGAAAUAAAUUGUUUCACAUUUUCUAUUGUUCAAACAUUCAUACAGACAUUUAAACUUAUACUUCUCCCUCUUAAAAUUACGAUUCUUCCAUAUCUCGAAGUAUUUGGAUCAUAGCAAAGUGCAAUAUUGCAUCUAGUGUACAACUCUACACUUUACUAUGAUCCAAAUAAGUCGAAGGUUCUGCUAGGGAUUACUACAAUCAAAAGAGGUUAAGAGGGGGUUAAUUGGUUAAACGACACGAUCCAAGAAGUGCGAGUAGGAAAAGGAAGAAAAGCUUAACCAUAGUUUCACGAAAAAGUGAUGAAUAUACAGUGGAAUUGCUCAAAUUUUUGGGUUUGCUGUUUGACUCUCUCUCUCACCCCUUCUCUCAGUCUCUCUCUCCUUCCUUCCUUUGCUUGCUUUGCUUUGCUUUUUGUUUAGGCACCAGAAUUUCUAGAUAGAGAAAGUUUUUAGAGAGAGAAUCAGAAAAGUGCGCCUCCUUGCAGACCGUGUGACCUGGGCUUGGGGGCCGUGUUAAUCUCCAUUUUCAUUGUAAUAAUUUUCUUCUUAAUCAAAGUUUUCAUCUUUAUGUUCUUACUGUUCGUACUACUCUCUUUACAAUCAUUGUCUUCAUCAUCAUCCAUUGCACCCCCAUCAAUUUCUUCGCCGUUUCUUUUACUCACUAUCUUUCUUGGAAUAUCAAAAUUUUAGAAUUUCUUGGCGUUCUCACUCAGAUCCACACUCUCUACUUUUCUGGCUUUGGACAACUGGAUUUUUGUGGGUGAAUCAUUAUUGAGAGUAUUGUGGUAGAUCAGUGUUGUGGGUUCAAGUUUUUGCUGCUGAAAUUGGUGUUAUAAUCUUGAUUGUGGUGAAAUUUGGUGGAGGUUUUAUGCAAAGGGAUGUAUAGAAAUUAGAGUGUAGUUUUUAGUUUUAUGUGAAUAAAAUGGGUGGAAUAUGCUCGAAGAAGGCUACCGUUGAUAAUGUUCCGAGUAGUGGUUAUUCGCAAAAUGGUGGUAGCAACUACGGUGCUGGAUUGGUUUUGGACUCUCAUGCAUUGCCUGGUAAAGAUAACAGUGUAUCAAUGCCUCCUAAUGGCGAGGAAAAUGUUGAUAAGCAUACACGGGAAGACUUUUCGUUUCCACAGAUGGAUGCUAAUGCUAAUGGGAUCAAUGAGAACUCUAAUGGGACGUAUACGGAUGCAAAUGAUGAUGGAAUUCCGCGGUUUUCUAGGGUUUUAUCACAUAAGUCUAGGUCAACCAAGUCCAAACAGGUUGCUGUUGCAAAGGUGUCUGAGGUGAGCUCCCGUUUAGGUAAAGCUGGCUCUGCUGGGUUUGGUAAAGCUGUAGAAGUUUUAGACACACUUGGUAGUAGCAUGACAAGCUUGCAUCUCAGUGGUGGUUUUGUCUCAAGUGUGACGACCAAAGGGAAUAAGAUUUCCAUAUUGUCGUUUGAAGUCGCCAACACAAUUGUGAAGGGUGCAAAUCUUAUGCAGUCGCUUUCCAAGGAAAGCAUUAAACACCUUAAGGAAGUGGUACUUCGCUCCGAAGGCGUGCAAUGCUUAAUAUCCAAAGAUUUUGAUGAACUCCAAAGGAUUGCUGCAGCUGACAAGAGGGAAGAACUGAAAGUAUUUUCUGGGGAGGUCAUUCGCUUUGGAAAUCGCUGUAAAGACCCUCAAUAUCACAAUUUGGAUCGUUAUUUUGAGAAAUUGGCUUCUGAACUCACUCCUCAAAAACUGAAAGAAGAAGCUGAGACAAUAAUGCAAACUCUGAUGACAUUGGUUCAGAAUACUGCCGAGUUGUAUCAUGAGUCACAUGCUUUGGAUAGAUUUGAACAAGAUUAUCGGCGGAAACUACAAGAGGAAGAUAACCCCAGCACAGCUCAAAGAGGAGACAGCCUGGCAAUUUUAAGGGCAGAGUUGAAGAGCCAAAGAAAGCACGUCAGAAGUUUGAAAAAGAAAUCGCUUUGGUCUAGGAUUCUGGAAGAUGUGAUGGAGAAGCUUGUGGACAUAGUUCACUUUUUACAUUUGGAAAUUCAUGAAGCCUUUGGAAGUGCUGAUGGAGAUAAGUCAGUUAGGACAUCUUCAAACAAUCAUCAAAAGUUGGGGUCAGCUGGCCUGGCCUUGCAUUAUGCAAAUAUUAUUACACAAAUAGAUACUCUUUUCUCUCGCUCAAACUCUGUACCGCCGAACACAAGGGACGCUUUAUACCAGGGAUUGCCGCCUAGCAUUAAAUCAGCUUUAAGAUCAAAGUUGCAAGCAUUUCAGCUCAAGGAAGAGCUUACAGUCCAACAAAUUAAAGCCGAAAUGGAGAAGACGCUGCAUUGGCUUGUUCCUAUUGCUACAAACACAACUAAAGCACAUCAUGGAUUUGGUUGGGUUGGUGAAUGGGCAAACACCGGUUCGGAGGUCAAUCGAAAACCAGCAGGCCAAAAUGACUUGCUCAGAAUUGAGACACUAUAUCACGCAAAUAAAGAUAAAACCGAGGCUUACAUCCUAGACCUAGUGGUGUGGCUUCACCAUCUCAUCAGCCAAUCUAGGUCUGCUUCAAAUGGUGGCACACGAUCUCCUAUCAAAUCUCCGAUGAGGUCCCCCAACCAAAUGACCCUGCAGUUGUCUCCCCAAAAGACUAACUGUCCAUCUCCUACACUCUCUAUUGAAGACCAGCAAAUGCUAUGUGAUGUGACUAGAAGGAAACUUACUCCAGGUAUUAGUAAGAGCCAGGAGUUUGACACUGCUAGAAUUCGCUUGAGUAAGCAUCAAAGGUUGAGCAAGAGUAAUAGCCAUUCCCCCACAAGAGAAACUAAAAGAGAAAUUUACUCCACAAGACGACCAUCAUCUGUACCAAUUAUUGAUUUUGAUAUUGACCGGAUGAAAGCGUUGGAUGUUAUUGACCGGGUGGAUACUUUAAGGAGUUUGUAAUUAUGCCCUAUAUAAACAAGGUGAGAUACUCAGGAGUCGUGGAGGGUAGUAUGCUUGUGAUUUUUGAAAAUGAUGGCACGCCUUCAGACUACACUGGGAAAGCUGGUACUAAGCAAUUGGAUCCCAAUCAAACGUGUAAUUGAAAAUCAGAACCAGAUUCGAGGGAGAGGAGGGGAAGGAUGUAUUGUAUGCUUCAGAGGUUUUCAGAUUUCUGCAGAGGUUAAGGCAGCAUGUUUUUUUGUCAGUUCAAGUUGAUGUACAGAAUACUUUGAUCACACCAGAAUAAUUGAAAAAAAUAUAUAUUGGUUCAUUAUAUUCCUUUUUGCAUCUUUCUGAAACAAA